AUGGAUAAAACUAAUUACUAUUCUGGUUUAAAUCCUAUAGUAGUGCAGGCGUUGAACAAUCUGCAAUAUAGGUAUAGUGGUGAAACACCAGAAAUGUGGUAUUCUCGUGUUCGUUAUCCAUUCAAGAAAUUUCUCGAAUAUAACCCAAAAUACUUCUCGAAGAAUGGGUUUAUCCAGAUGAUUGAAAGAUCAUAUAUAGAUGGGGAAUUUAAAGCUGGAAGACGCUCAUUUCAUAUUUAUUGCACUGUAUGCGACUCCUUAGUAAUUAUUCGUGAAAAUACCAUCGAAUGUGCUAAUGAUCACCUGAAUAAAUGUAUUACUAAAACUGCUAAAAGGCUUAUUACAUAUUCUAAACCUGUACAGAAAAAUGUGAAAAAAAUAGUAUCAGAAUUAAGUGAUGAUGAAAUUAAUGAAAUUUAUGAUAGUAUUUAUUUUAGAUACAGAAAAAGCUCUGAAUGUUAUUGCUCUCGUGAUUCAAAAGAAAUUAGGAAAAUUUGGAAUAUCGUGAGGAAUGAUGGUACUCCCGAUAGGAAGAAAUAUUUAGGUAUAUUUUCACUAGUUGAAAGGAGAAUAAACCCCCAGACUCAAGAAGAAUAUGAUUUGCAUACCGAUGAAUAUGUCAAUGGCCUUAAAAAAGCAUUUAACGAAAAUAUUGCUCAAAAAUAUAUUAAAAAAUAUCUAGCCGAACGGGCCACAGGGUACAAGGAAUAUGAUUAUUAUCAUCCUAGUUAUUGGGCAGAAAUGAAGAAAUUCCAGUUAUAUAAUCGCCUAAAUACUGUAGCAUAUAUAGUUACUUUUAUAAAAUUGCAUCAGCAAGGCUAUAGAAUCGUUACUUAUGGAGAUUGGUCCCUUAUGUUAAAAUGUCUAGCAAAUCCUGAAUAUCACCGUAUUAGUAAAGUAAAUAAUAAUAUUGUUGUAAACUUUGUUAAAAGUUCAGAAUAUGCACGAUAUAUGUGUAAAAAAGCAGGCAAACAAUAUCUAUGUGAUUCGCUAGAAAUCGACUAUUUCAAAUCUGAAUAUUCUACUAUUAUCGAGGGAAAGUCUAGUAUAAUAGAUUUCUCAGAUUUUAACAAUAAUUGUGAUAUUUCAGGAAGAUUAAUGAAGCGAUCUUGGGAAUUCUUGAUUCCUAAAUACUAUAAUUAUGGCUUUAAAAAUUUCUAUGCAACAGUUAUCCAACGAGCUUAUAGGAAUUACAAGAAGAGACCCGAAUCUUUGGCAAAACAAGUUUGGGAGGCGGUGAGGAAUGAUGGUACUCCUGAUAGAAAGAAAUUCUUAGGUAUACUUGGGUAUUAUCAGAAGGUAAAAAAUCCUGAGACGCAAGAAGAAUAUGUUAUAGCUUGCGAAGAGUUUUAUGCUUAUUUUAGAAAAUAUUACUCAAAAUACAUUGGAAUAAUUAAUCCAAUCAAAUUAACCCCACCAUAUGAGGAGUAUGUUUAUUGUUCUUCUAGUAGAUGGAUAGAAGCUAAGAAACAUCAGUUAGAACGACGAUUGAAUAGGGCAACAUACGGGCCCACUCCUGAUUUCUCAGGAAGAUUUUUGUUAGAAUUGCUAUCUACUAUUAACUAUUAUCAUAUAAGACAAAUGCCAGUGUGGCGUGCGACAUAA